CUUCUUCCUUCUGUGGCUCUGCCGCUUGAAGGCAUCGUCAGAUCCCUUGCUGGGCACACCUCUCCCUGAUCUCCCCCCCUUUGCCGACCUCACAAUGUCGACCUCCUCGCCCCCCUCGUCGAUCCUCAUCAUCGGCUCAGGCGUCUUUGGCCUUUCCACAGCCCUCGCCUUGGCCCUUCGUCCGGCCUACGCCAAGACUGAGAUCACCAUUCUCGACCGCUCCCCCGAACAAGGCGUCUUCCCUUCCCACGACGCCUCGAGCAUCGACUCUUCGCGCAUCAUCCGUCCCGACUACGCAGACCCCGCCUACUCGGCUCUCGCCGCCGCAGCCCAUCACCACUGGCGCCACAGCCCCCUCGGCGAAGAUGGCCGCUACACAGAGUCGGGCAUGGCUCUCAUUGCCGACGCGCCCCCAGCCCACGUCAAGACGCGCACGCAGAUGGACUAUGUCCGCGACAGCUACGCCAACGUCAAGCGCCUCGCCCAGAGGAAGGAGUGCGGCAUCGACGCCGCCAGGCUCACCGAGUUGCCGAGCAGGCGUGCCAUUGCCGAGCUCGUGGGCCUCAACCCGGCCGACGCCGACACCGACACGACGCCCGGCGACUGGGGCUACCUCAACGGCAACUCAGGCUGGGCCGACGCCGGCCAGCAGCAUGCAAACCUCCGACACCCCCCAGCCCCCCAAAUAAAAAAGACCCUCAGCUACUCCAUCCCGUACGACCCGGCCCUGUGCAUCCCCGCCGAGGCCGAGGCCGACUUGCGCCGCGUCCUGCGCGCCACCGUGCCCCUGCCGCAGCUGCACGACCGCCCCUUUGCCGCCGAGCGCAUCUGCUGGUACACCGACACGCCGACGGGCGACUUCCUCGUCGACUACCACCCCGGCUGGCGGGGCCUGUUCCUCGCCACCGCCGGCAGCGGCCACGGCUUCAAGUUUCUGCCCAUCAUUGGCGACCACGUUGUCGAUUGCGUCGAGGGCCGGAGGCCUGAGGCGUUUGAUGACAAGUGGCGGUGGCGCGGUGUCGAGAGGAGGGACGACGACGUCGAGCAGGUGUACGAGCAUAUUGUCACGGAGGAUGGAAGUCGGGGCGGGAAAUUGGGGCUCGUGCUGGCCGAGGAGCUGACCAAGAACCGUCGGGCCAAGAUGUAG